AUUGUUGUAUUUGUAGAAUCAAUAUUAACUUGCAUAGAUUUCCCUGUCGCUUUUCGAGUUUUUCGAAUAAAUACUUCUUUUUUUCACGUGUGGCUUCAGUUUUAUUUAGUUCCUCUUUACGUACAUGUUUAGUGAGUUCACAAGUCGUGCUAUUUGUCAAUAAUUAAAUAUCUUUGAAAUAUUUAAUGAACUUUAAUACUUUCUUAUUAAUGCAUCGUAUUUCUCAAACAUAUGCAUUACAUUUUUUUUUAUACUUUGGCAUGGUGCAAUUUAGAUAAGUGUGUACAUAAAUAUCAAUAUAAAUUUCGAAGCAUGGCAGCGCUGUCUGAAACUACACAAUAGCAGAGAAUUUGGAAUUACUUGUUUUGACCUUAAAAAAAGCGAAUAAUAUUGAAUUGCAUUGUAAAAUAAUUACUCAUGAUGAGCAUUUGUCGUAUUCCUGCCGGCUAUGAGGACGGUGAGGACGGUGAGGAUUACUUAAGUGAAGUGAUGCAAAAAAUCACUGUCGUACCAGACAUUACAGUCGGUGCGGGUCUGAAUAACGAAAAUUUCGACCGCAACCUCAGCUCCGAAGUAGCCUCCUGGUUCUUUUUCUACAAGGAUGAAUGGAAUUCAUACAAACGUAUGCCGUCUGCUCAGCACAAUCUCAAAGCUAUGCUAAUGACUGAUGAGGAUCCGCUGCUAUUUGCCUUAAAAUUAUUUGCAAAUUGUCCAGGAUGCAAUAACUUAAAAAACAAAAGCUUGGCACUAUUCAUACUGGAAACCGUUUGUGACCUUCAUAAAACAAAGCCAGAGAUAUCUACUAAUUGCACAGACAACACCCGCAUGAUUGCUUUCAAUUUCGUGAAGACUUGCGGCAUAGUACCGCUAUGUAAGGCUGUGAUUUCCGCGUAUGAAUUAAAAAAGAUUCGUGACCUUUUGGUGCCUAAAAUUAAGGAUUUAAUAGCAGCAGGGCAUAUCAAAGAUGCUGCACAUUGGACGAUGCACUUGCAAAUUACACAUAUUUUUGGGAUUUUUGAUAUCGUAUUCCCAUUAAUUCUACAAGACAAAGUGUCACUAGCGGAGGAGUAUCUUAAUGUUGCCAAAGAUUUGGCGUUGCCGACAGUGAAGUUUCUUGAUUCCCUACUGGAUAAACAAAAGACUGUUAUAGACCAUUGUGAAGAAGUAUUAACAAAAUAUGAGUACAAAGAUGUGAAGUAUAAUAUCUUAACCUAUCGCCCCAUGUCCAAAUUAGUCACACGGCUGGCGAAGAAAUACAAGAUUGACGCUCAUGAUACACCAAAUCUGAAUUUUACAAAAGCUUGCUCGUAUUUACAUUACUUGUGGCGUAAAUACCGAGAUGGUGGAAUGAGUCACGAUGCCUGGGUUGAAUUGGCACACGACGCUGCAGUUACAAAACCAAUACAAAUGGAUUUGAUUAAAAAUGUGGUCGCUUAUGGCGACAUUAAAGAGGCGGGCUAUUGGAUAAGUUUCUAUAAAAUACCACUGGAAGAGUGUCCGGAUGCUGUACUCGACUAUUUGAAACAAAAUCGACCUGACAAACAUAAUACCAGCAAUAAAUCCUCAAAAUCCGCUAAUAGUAGUCGCGGAGCUAUGAGUAAAUCAAAACGCUCGAAUUCUUUCAAAAACAAUCAUUAUUUAACGUUAAAUCUCCCCGUUGACUGCAUUAUUAUUGUCGAUGAUCGAGUGAAAUUCCUUCAAAUGUUAGAUCAUUUAGAAGGUCAAUUGCUGAUAGCGUUCGAUUCCGAGUGGAAGCCAACGGUUUGCAACGAAAACGUUAUUUCAGUCUUACAGAUGGCUACUAUGGAUCGCGUUUAUUUAUUAGAUUGCCUAUCGUCCAAUCUUAGCAAUGAGUUGUGGCAGCAGCUCGGACGUAGAGUGUUUAAUAAUUUGGAGAUUCUGAAAAUAGGUUUCUCCUUACACCAGGAUUUGCGUAUGUUGCAUAAAUCAUUGCCAUUAGAAUUAAACCUCAAUGCAAAAACGUGUUACUUGGAUUUACGCGAAUUAUGGCGACGCUUAAAGUACUUACAAAUUGUUAAAUUUCCAUUUGAGUGUGCCUCUAACUCGGGCGAGAGCUUAUGCACCUUGACCGAAAUAUGUUUGGGGAAGAAAUUAGACAAAUCAAAUCAAUUCUCGAAUUGGGCCAAUCGACCGUUGCGUCACGAUCAAGUUAUAUACGCGGCACUGGAUGCGCACUGUUUAUUGCUAGUAUACCAGGUAGUCUCAGAAAUACUGGUACGUAUGGGUUUAGAUGUUGACCAGGUAGUCGAUGAGGUGACAACUGGGAAAACCGGCUACUUGUUCCAAAAGAAACGCGUUAUUACCGAGCAGAACGAUGAGCGCAGUUCAACUAGGCCAGUUAAAAUGGAUGCAGAAGGAGUUAAUUCAGUUAGUGCAAAAAAUGAAAACAAUAGGUCAAUUGGGACAAAAUUUAUUUGUGAUACCAUGAUGACUGGGCUGUCGAAAGAGUUCCGUAAAUUAGGCAUCGAUUGUGUGGAAAUCAUCAACAACGAUUUGGGCUAUUAUAUUGAAUUAGCUAGAAAAGAACACCGUUAUAUACUUACACGAGAUUCUCGUUACGAUUUAUUCGUGAACGAAUUGCCGCCAGAACAAUGUCUACAAAUUCCUAGUGACUCCAGCGUAGACCAAGUACUAAAUAUAAUACGCCUGCUGGAUAUAAAAAUAUAUGAAUGCAAUCUCUUUACACGUUGCUUGAGCUGUAAUAGUAAUGAAUUCAUAUUCGCACUGAGGCAUGAAAUGCAAACGAUGCGUUUUGGACAGGCUCUGGAUGAGAUUAAAGAUAUGAGUGCGUUAAAUAUGAAUCCAUAUGGAAAAACUUAUCACUUAUUGAAUGUUAGCAGCCAUAUUGUGAAAACAAAAACGACCUAUCGGGGCAAGUUUAUCAAGUUGAAUCGGAUUAGGUCGCACAUAUUACGCUCGAAGGAAUAUUUUUAUAUAUGUGAUAAUUGUGGCAUUUGUACAUGGGACGGUGCUUACUCCAUACAUAGCAGUGUCAAGGAUGCUGUUCUGAGCGAUGUCUUCGAAGCUGCUACUGCUCCUGGAAUUUGAGCACAUAAAUAUAUAUGUAUUGUAUAUAUAUAAUAUUAAAUCAUGACGACUGACUUUUUUGCAUUGAGUGGUAUUAAGUUAACACUGAGAAGAUAUUUUUUUCAAUUUCUCAAACACAUAAGAUCCUUUUUAUAUAGCUCUAUAUGUGAAAAUGUAUACCUUUAUAUUAAUGAAAUCCUAUUUUCAUUUUGUGUAUUCAAAUAUAAACGCCUAUUAACUUAUACAUAUGUAUAUUCGUAUUUUUAAAUUAGUACAAAAUCAACAACAUUACAAAUAAUGAAAAGUACAUUGACGUAAAUUGAGAGUACAUGAAAGAAACGAAAUACAAAUUAAAUAAUGCAUAUGUAUGUUAGUAGUAAGUACAUUUAAUCUAGAAGUAACAAGUAAGAGGAUACAUUAGUGUAGCGUGCAAAUCUCAAUACAAGUAAGACAUAAGUGUCUGUAAUAAAUGAAUUUAAUAAAAUGUAUGCUAGAAAAUUUA